AUGGAGAAACAGAGGCCGUCCUGGAAGGCAGAGCUCUUGCUAAGAAGAAAAGGCCAUUCCCUAGACAAAUUUCAGUUCUCCAAGAUGUCAGGAACUCAGGACCCUCAGGACUCAAUGUCUGCCAGCCCAGAGCUUCGGCGGACAUUAAGUGAUUGGGUUCGACCCUUGGACAGGCAAGCAGUGUUGUCAAAUAGUGGAGCUUCUGUGGCCUCGAAGCCAGAGAAAACUAAACAGGUCUCCAGGGAGUCUGGUGGCCAAAGAAGCAACCACCACAAGAACAAGACCCACAAGAAGGGCCAGCAUGGGUUGCUAAAGAACCUAGCAAACUUCCUCACCAAGACAGGAUCUGAGGAACAGAGGGAAAAGGGAGAGAAAAAAAAAGACAAAAAGUCAAAGGAGAAAUGUAACUCCCUUCAAGACACAAGGCACCUAGAGGCAUGUGUAGACCCACCAGAGACAACCUUUACGAAGAAAGACAAGGAAAGAAAAGACAAAAAGUCAAAGGAGAAAUGUAACUCCCUUCAAGACACAAGGCACCUAGAGGCAUGUGUAGACCCACCAGAGACAACCUUUACGAAGAAAGACAAGGAAAGAAAAGACAAAAAGUCAAAGGAGAAAUGUAACUCCCUUCAAGACACAAGGCACCUAGAGGCAUGUGUAGAUCCACCAGAGACAACCUUUAGGAAGAAAGACAAGGAAAGAAAAGACAAAAAGUCAAAGGAGAAAGAUGUCUUCCCUCAUGGCUCAGAACCCCUAGAGGCAUGUGUAGACCCACAAGAGACAACCUUUAGGAAGAAAGACAAGAAGUCUGCUUUCAAGAGGGCCUUUUCUUUUAAGAGACAUGGCAAUGAAGAGGCCAAGAAAUCUACAGGCUUGGAUGCUGGAAACCCUGAGACAAAAAGGCCUACAAAGCCUACCUUUCUCCCUUUGUGCAUCAGCCACAGACCAGCAAGUCUGACCGCCUCUGAGUCAGAUGAAGAUGAAAUACAUGAGGACACGUCCACACAAGCCAGGAAUCUUGGUUUUACUGGACUUUCCAAGCAAGCUGGGCUGCCCCCGCCAGAGGAAAAGCCACCUCCUGACAGAAGCUCCAAAGCUAUUGACAUUAUUAUCCAGAGGAUAGUUGCUGUUCUCAGAGAGGAAGGAGACAGGUGGGAUGAAAAGAUCAAAGAAGACCCAAGUUUUAGGGUGGUCUUGGAGAACCUCUCCUUUACCUCCUUCCAAACCUUGACAGAUGCCCUCGUCAAUCAGGGAGAGAACCAGAAGAAGCCAGAUAGGAGUCGACAAGAGAGACGCUACCAGUUUGCCAUUUAUUUGACUAACAAAUUUGCAGGCAAUGCUAACCACGCUGUCCUCCGCUUCAUGGGCUGCAGAGACCACGCUGUCCCGCACACAUUUGGCCAUAUACCUUAUAACAAUGAGCAGUAUGGGGCAAGUUCACCCUUCCACAGUCCAGACUGA